UAUGUCGUCCGAUAUUUCCAAAAGAAACAACACAUAACCUUUGAAGCCGCCGCCUGGUCUGCUGCGGGUGUAGUCCUAUGUUCGGCCGGUUGUGUUUCAUUAAAUCAUUUGAAUUUUACACAUCUAAUGAAAACAGGUAUGCGAAUGAGAGUGGCUGCCUGUGCGCUCAUGUAUAAAAAGUCUAUGAAAUUGAAUCGGUCAGCAUUGGGUAAGACAACAGUCGGCCAAAUAUUGAAUAUGAUGUCCAACGAUGUCAAUAGAUUUGAUGAGUUUGCAUUUUCUAUACACUCGAUAUUUGUGGCACCCCUUCAAUCGGUAGUCAUUAUGUUUCUAUUGUGGGAGCACUUGGAGUGGGCGUGUUUCGCUGGUCUGGCCGUUAUUAUCUUAUUCAUACCGUUUCAGGGACUUAUGGGCCGACUAUUUCAAAGUGUCCGACGAAAGACAGCCAUAUUGACUGACACACGCAUACGUAUUAUGAAUGAAAUAAUAUCGGGAAUGAGAGUCAUUAAGAUGUAUACCUGGGAAAAACCGUUUCAGGAUUUAGUUGCCAACUCUAGACUUCAAGAAGUAUCAAAAAUACGUCAAUCAAGUCUAUUAAAAGCCAUUAAUUUGUCCUUUUAUUUUGUCGCCUCACGUAUUAUACUAUUUGCUUGUUUCCUAACUUAUGUAUUAAUGGGCAGAAAGUUAUCGGCCGAAGCAGUAUUCGUUACAAUGGCUUUCUUUAAUACAUUGCGCAACACUUUGACAAAACACUUUCCGCAGGGAAUCGCUGCCACCGCUGAACUAAUUGUCGCCUGUCAUCGGAUUCAGGAAUUCUUAUUACUUGAAGAGAUUGAUAUCAAAGAUAAACAAAUCAAAGAUAAAGAGAUGAUAUCAUCUAAAGAUAUGAUUGAAUACAAUAAGAAUAAUAGUAAUGAAGUUAAAGAUGAUAAAUAUGAGACAGAAUUGUCGAUAGAAAAGGGUGUAUUCAUUGAUAAUAUGAGUGUCCGUUGGAAUGAUCAAAUACCUGAACCAACAUUAAGUGAUAUAACUGGUUGUGUUAAACGAGGGGAACUAUUAGCUGUCAUAGGACCGGUUGGCAGUGGAAAGAGUUCAUUAUUGAUGGCAAUACUCAACGAAUUAUCAAUAAUUAACGGAUCACUCAAAGUCAAUGGCAUCGUGUCGUACGCACCCCAGGAGUCGUGGGCUUUCAUAUCCAGUGUUAGGGAUAACAUAUUGUUUGGAUCGGAAUAUAAUGAAACAAAAUAUAAUAAAGUGGUUCACGUCUGUGCAUUGGACAGGGAUUUCAAACUAUUUCCGUUUGGCGACAAAACACUUGUCGGCGAAAGAGGUGUCUCAUUGAGUGGCGGCCAAAAAGCUAGAAUAACAUUAGCCCGAUCACUGUAUCGGGAGGCAGACAUCUAUCUAUUGGACGACCCAUUAUCGGCAGUUGACGCACAUGUGGCCAAACAUUUAUUUCAAAAAUGUGCUGUUGAAUAUCUGAAAGAUAAGGCCCGCAUAUUAGUUACCCAUCAAAUACAGUUUCUCAGAGACGCCCAUAAGAUAAUGGUACUAAACGAUGGCAAAUGUGUGGCAUUGGGCUCCUAUUCGGAGCUAAUUGAAUCGGGUAUUAAUUUUCUAUCAUAUCUGAGCGAUAAUAAACCGCGCACUGAGACCAAUAAAAUGUUGGACCAAAACAACUUCUCAUUUAGACCGAGAGGUGUAUCGUUUUCGCCGUCAAUUGCCAGCAGUAUUGCCGGUUCGGAAGUAGAUCACGAAGAGAUCGGUAAUAUUGUUGCCGAAGAUGAUGAACCAAAACUGAAAACUGAAACCAAAAUGAUUGGAUCAAUUGAUUCAAGUAUUUAUAUGGAUUAUAUGAAAGCCGGUGCCGGACCGGUACUUAUUAUAAUAACAUUCCUAUCGAUAAUCAUAUCGCAAGCAUUAUAUCAAGGAAGCGAUUUCUGGCUAACUUUAUGGACUAAUGAAGAAGAUAACGAUGAUAUURACGAAUCCAAUCGCAACUUCAAUAUAAUCAUAUACUCGGCACUGAUAGCCGGUCUGUUUGUGUCGGCACUAAUCCGGACGACUUCCUUCUUUGUCAUGUGUAUGAAGUCGUCAAUCACUUUACAUAAUCGUAUAUUUUAUUCAUUAUUGAGAGCACCCAUACAUAUAUUUGAUAGUUCACCAAUUGGUCGCAUCUUAAACAGGUUUACCAAAGACACCGGUAUUGUGGAUGAAUUGUUGCCGUCAACUGCUUUUGAUUUGCAAAUGACACUGUCACUAGUUAUCGGCAAUUUGAUAGUCAAUGCAAUAGUCAGUUGGUUUCUGGUAUUUCCGGCCAUAUUUCUAUGUAUUGUAGUGUUUAUGUGUCGCUAUUUCUAUAUCAGAUCCGCCAGAGAUAUCAAACGUUUGGAGGGAUUGUCCCGUAGUCCAGUCUAUUCACACGUAAACACUACACUGUCUGGUCUGACAACGGUUCGGGCAUUCGGUGCUGAAUCGAUGUUUGAGUCCCAGUUCUGUCGUCACCAGAACGACAAUACGGCCACAUUCUUCCUGUUUAUCUGCACUUCCCGGGCAUUCGGUAUACUAAUGGAUAUGAUUUGUGUCUUCUAUAUCAGUGCAGUCGUGGCCUUCAUAAUGGCCUAUCCGGAUGGUAUGCCCGGAGGUAACGCUGGUCUCGCACUUUCGUCAGCCCUAACACUGACCGGAAUGACUCAAUACGGUGUCAAAUGUUCGGCAGAUCUCGAAUCAUAUAUGACAGCCGUUGAACGUAUGUUAGAGUAUUCGCAUAUCAAACCCGAAGCCGAACUUAAAUCGUCAGCCGAUAAGAAACCAUCCAUUGAUUGGCCACAGAGUGGAGAAAUUGUUUUCAAAGAUAUGAGUCUUCAAUAUAACGAAUCGCCGAAACCGGUUCUCAAGAAUAUUAACGUUAGUUUUAAAGGCGGCGAAAAAAUAGGAGUCGUUGGCCGAACUGGAGCCGGAAAGUCAUCGGUCAUAUCGGCACUGUUUCGUAUGAAUGAACCGACCGGUCAGAUACUCAUCGACGACAUCGAUAUAUUAACUAUUGGUUUGCAUGACUUGAGGAGAAAGAUAUCAAUUAUACCUCAAGAACCAGUACUGUUCACUGGUUCGGUUCGUAAGAAUUUGGAUCCAUUUGACGAUCACAACGACGAUGAACUGUGGGCAGCAUUGGAUGAAAUACAACUGAAAGAACAGGUAAUGCAAUUGCCCGGACAGUUGGACGGUGCAGUUACCGAAGGGGGCAGUAAUUUCAGUGUUGGUCAAAGACAAUUGGUAUGUCUGGCCAGAGCUAUACUACGGGACAAUCGUAUCCUAGUCUUAGAUGAGGCGACAGCUAAUGUCGAUCACAGAACCGAUGCAUUAAUUCAACGAACAAUUCGCCAAAAGUUUCGUUACUGUACUGUCAUUACGAUUGCUCACAGACUCAACACAAUCAUUGAUUCCGAUAAGAUAUUGGUAUUGGAUGCGGGAGAGGUCAGUGAGUUUGGUAUACCUCAUAAACUAUUGGAAUCAAAUGAUGGUUUGUUCAGCAAACUAGUCAAACAAACGGGAAAACAUAUGACUAUCCGAUUAAAACAAUUAGCAAAACAACACUAUAAUCAUAAAUUUAAUAAUCAAAUCAAAGAUAACGAUAGUUUACAAGAAAAAGAUACCGAAACUGAUUGA